AUGUCUAGUGAUAGUCAGUCUCGGUUCAGCCCUCACAAUAUUGAAACAUUCCAAUAUAAAAGUGUCACCUUUGGAGUGAAAUGUAGCCCAUUCUUACUUGCCGCAGUUAUUAAACUGCAUUUAGAAAAAUUCGAAAGUGAAUAUGAAGAAGCGUGUAAAAUGUUGAGCUAUUUGUACUUAAAUGACCUAGGAGCUGGCACGUCAAGGGUUUCCGAGGCUAUAAAAUUGAACAAAGAAAUGAUUUAUAUUCUAAGUCGGGCCAGCAUGAAUCUUCGAAGAUGGGCUACGAACUCCCCAAUACUAAAUGAAGCUUGGAAACAAGCUAAUGUUGACCGUCGUGAAACAUCCGAAGAAUUAGGUGUGCCAUUAAAAAUUCUUGGACUCAUUUGGGACAAUAUCAACGAUAAAUUUACCAUAGACAUUCAUCAAAUUUCUAAGACGAAGGACAGUAAUCUUUCAAAGCGAUUGAUUCUGAGCAUCUGUGGGAUGCUGUUUGAUCCAUUGGGGAUGAUAACCCCUUUUACUGUCAGAAUGAAGUUGUUACUACAGAACACCUGGGAACGGGAGCUCAAAUGGGAUGAACCACUACCACCGGACAUUCAAGAGACAUUUCUGUCAUGGCUGGAUGAGGUAAAAACUAUUCCUCAGAUUUCUUUAUCUCUUCCUUAUUUCCUUGAUACAGAGACUCCAAUGGCUGAAAUUCACAUUUUCUCCGAUGCAAGCCCAAAGGCUUAUGGUUGUGUGGCUUACUUCAAGAAAGUGACCAACUGGAAGGUGAACUCUAGUUUCAUAGUGGCGAAAUGCCGCCAAGCUCCAUUGAAAAAAUUGAGUCUGCCCAGACUCGAACUCGUGGGAGCCCUUGUUUCUGCCAGAUUAGCAGAAUACUUAAAACGAGCAUUUUCCUGGAUUACAUCUGACCACAUCUUCUUCUGGUCGGAUUCGCAAAUCAGCCUUCAUUGGAUAAAAGGAGAUCCUCUACGAUGGAAAGAGUUUGUGAGAAAUCGCGCAUGGGAGAUCCAGGAGAAAACCAAUCGAGAGCAGUGGAAUUACUGCAGAGGAAAGACGAACCCCGCAGACAAGUUAACCCGAGGACUGUCUAUCCGAGUGUUAGCGCAAGGUGAUGUUUGGUGGCAUGGUCCAGACUGA